GGGUAGACGGACAACUGUUACGGCGAAAUUGAAUGCCGCAAUGUAUCAAUAUGAUUGGUCCAAAAGGAAAGUAAAAAACAAAUUAUAAUUAAAUUUUAAUGUGUAAAGGAGAAAAAAUCAGAUGAACAGGCUGUAUAAUUUUUUUUUGUGAACAACAAAUGGGACUGACGACAACACUCUUCUUCCCCUUUUUGUCCUUUUGGCUCUCUCUCUCUCUUUUCCACCGGCGACCAUUCAUUCUCUCUCUUCCUCCUCCGCCUUCCUCCAUUGCUCCUCAUUCCUCGAUUUGUUCUUCUCUACACCACCAAUUCCCAUUUUUACCCUUUUUGAACUCUUCUUCACACACUCAGACGUGACGGCGACUUUUUAUUACUGAGUCUCACAUCUUUGACUCGCCCUGGGGGAUUUUUUUGCUCCAGAGGCGACAGAAAAAAAAAAAACAACAAUGGGGUUUCUCCGUUGUCUCCAGUUGCUGCUUCUGUUUCUAUCUCUUCGUCUACAAAAGCUCUCUGCUCAAUCUCUACCCAAUGCUUCUUCUUCUUCUUCUCCUCUCGAUGCUCUUCUUCAAGAUUACUCUUUUAGAGCCUUUGUUCGUCCUCGUACCGGCAUUCUCUACGAAGCUUCUACUGUUCCUUCCAAUUUGACUGGGAUCAAACUCGCUGCCAUGAGACUCAGAAGCGGAAGCUUUAGAAGACGUGGAGUUACUCCUUUUAAAGAGUUCUCAAUUCCCAGCGGCGUUAUCGUCAAGCCGUAUGUGACAAGGCUUGUAUUGGUUUAUCAAAACCUAGCUAAUUUCUCUCACUUGUAUUACCCUUUGUCUGGUUAUGAUUAUGUCGCUCCUGUGUUGGGUCUUCUCGCUUACGAUGCUAAGAAUCUCUCUGCGGUUAAUUUGCCUCAGCUUGAUUUGAGGGUGUCUAAUGAUCCUAUCAGAAUCGAUUUCUCUGAUCUGGAACGAAUCCCGCAAGGGUCUAGUGCUAAGUGUGUUAGAUUUGAUUCUAAAGGUGAAGCGAGUUUCAGCGAAUCGAUUCAGCCUGGAAACACAUGCGAGACUGAGCAUCAGGGACAUUUCUCAGUUGUGGUGAAAUCUGUAGCCUCUGCUCCGAGUCCAGCUCCUCCAGGGGAUAGGAAGGAGAAGAAGAAGAAGAGCUCUGAAUCCAAUUCCAAGACUUGGAUCAUUGUUGGGUCGGUGGUAGGUGGAUUGAUACUGUUGGGGCUUUUACUGUUUCUGGUUUUGAGAUGUCGGAAUUAUAAGAAGCAAGAGAAAUUGAGGGAGAUGGAGAGAGCUGGAGAGACAGGGGAAGCUCUGAGAAUGACUCAGGUCGGAGAAACUAGAGCACCAACUGCUACUACGACUCGUACACAACCAAUGCUUGAAACCGAAUACGCAGCUUAGGACACUUUGUGUACAUCAUCAUCAUCAUCAUCAUCACAUCUUCUUGAUCAUCUGUUACUUCUUCUUCUUCUUUUUUUCUUCAAUUAUUCUUCUUUUGGUAAAGUGUUUUUUUUUUUUUCUGAUUAUUUUUUCGUUGUGGUUAGCAAGUUGAUACUUCCACAUUCAUCUUGUUUCUCUGCUGGUGAUAAGGAAAUAAGUAAUAUUAUUUUCUUGUUGUGCUCUCAAAUCACAAACUUUGGUGGUCUCUCCAUGGAAAUGAAAAGAGUUGGAUUGUUUCUGGAGUGCACUCACUUUGUUUUCUUCUAACUACUUUUGCUGUAAAGCUUUGCUCUUUUUUUGUAAUAAUUUCAACAUCUUUUGUCUGGAAAGCAGACAGUUGAAGAAGAUUAAAAUCAUCCAUA